GGAGACUGGCUGAAUCCGGAAGUGAUCCCCGAGGACCGAGUUGCUGUGGAGGAGCCUGCGGCAGCUUGGGGACCAUGAGUUGGAUACCUUUCAAGAUUGGGCAGCCCAAGAAACAGAUCAUCCCCAAAACAGUGGAGAGAGACUUUGAAAGAGAGUAUGGAAAACUCCAGCAGCUGGAAGAGCAGACCAAGAGGCUCCAGAAAGACAUGAAAAAGAGCACCGACGCUGACCUGGCCAUGUCCAAGUCCGCUGUGAAGAUAUCCUUGGACUUACUCUCCAAUCCCCUCUGUGAGCAAGAUCAGGACUUCCUGAGCAUGGUGACAGCGCUGGACACCGCCAUGAAGCGGAUGGACGCCUUCAACCAGGAGAAGGUGAACCAGAUCCAGAAGACAGUGAUCGAACCCUUGAAAAAGUUCGGCAGCGUCUUCCCCAGCCUCCACAUGGCUGUGAAGCGGCGCGAGCAGGCCCUGCAGGACUACCGGCGGCUGCAGGCCAAGGUGGAGAAGUACGAGGAGAAGGAGAAGACGGGGCCCGUGCUGGCCAAACUGCACCAGGCCCGAGAAGAGCUUCGGCCCGUGCGGGAUGACUUUGAGGCGAAGAACAAGCAGCUCCUGGACGAGAUGCCGCGGUUCUACAGCAGCCGGCUCGACUACUUCCAGCCCAGCUUCGAGGCCCUGAUCCGCGCACAGGUCGUCUACUACUCGGAAAUGCACAAGAUCUUCGGAGACCUGACCCAGCAGCUCGACCAGCCCGGCCACUCGGACGAGCAGCGGGAACGGGAGAACGAAGCCAAACUGAGCGAGCUCAGAGCCCUCUCCAUUGUGGCUGAUGACUGAGCGCACCCCGGCUCGGGACUCCUGGGACACACGCCAGCCGGCCGGGCAGGGUGGGGGCCUGCCCCUUCGCAGCCGCGAGCCCCAAGGAAACAGCCAGGGUAUGUCCUGGCCAGGACGAGAACUAGCCGGCCGCCUCCAGUGCGCCUGCGGUCAGCUCCCUCGAGGUCCCGGCCCCACGGGCCCGGCUGGGGUCAUGUCUACCUCCAAAACAGCCAUCCCAGGGACCCUCCCCCUCACCCCGUUGCCUUCCUACUUCAGGGACUCUGCGGCCGGCUGACAGCACCCCAUGGGCUACCUCGCCCGCUCCUGUCUCUCGGGUCAGGUGCAGUUUGCUAGGUUCCCUAGGAAACAGGAGCCCGCAUUUGUCUGUGUCUGCUCCUGUGAGUAGCCUGCUACCCAGCUCGUCAGAUUGAUUCACAGGCCUCAAAGCAACAGCAGUGGGUUUGUGUCUCACCCGAAUAUCUGGAAUUUUAUUUUUUCAAGUGAAGUUUUCAAUAAAAUUUCCAUAUAUUA